AUGAGUAGGAACAAAGGAGAGGGCUUUUUUAAGGAGGCUGACCUCACCAUCAACCUCAACAACAGACUUCUAGAGGUACCUCUCCGCUUCCGCAAAGAUUCCAUAGCAUUUACGGCUGACAUACAACAGAUAUUCCACUGCUUCUUCGUCAAGGAAGAACACAGAAACUACUUGAGGUUCUUCUGGUAUCGCAACAACGACUUCAAUGAAGACAUUGUAGAGUCCAAGAACAUAUUAAUUCACAUGAUACAACGUGAAUGUUAUGCUAAAGAAAUAGACUACCUCAGCGAAGGCCAAACAGUCUGCAAGGAUAGUGCUUUGAAGAAGCUUUUUCCCAUCAUUGACCAAGAUCGGUUGCUAAGCAAGAAGGAUUCAGUAGUGGCGUCUGUUGACGCAGGCCAAGUAAUGAUAGUCAUCUGCACUGCUCCGCUAAUUAGCGAAGAUGAACUUUGUGAGGACAGUCAGCAGUUACAGGCCAGCAGAGACUUGGAACUACCGAUGAUUACUGUUGGUGGGAGCACAUGUUGCGAAAAGUCACGGACGUGCGCAAGAGACAGCCAAGUAAUGAUAGUCAUCUGCACUGCUCCGCUAAUUAGCGAAGAUGAACUUUGUGAGGACAGUCAGCAGUUACAGGCCAGCAGAGACUUGGAACUACCGAUGAUUACUGUUGCUUUCUCCAAAGUGUUUGGUCAAACGUUCAUUUUAUUUCCCACAUUUCUUUCUCUCUACCUCAUAUGUCUACUUUGGAACAUGUUAAUAUUUGUGACACUCUUUAUGGAUCCUCAUUUGCAGAAGCCAAUGUAUUUUUUCCUACGUAACCUCUCCUUUGUAGAUGUCCUGUACAUUUCAGUGGCACUUCCAAAAUUAAUGGACAUCAUUAUUACUGAAAACACUCGAGUUUCAUUUGCAGCUUGCUUUACGCAAAUGUACUUUUUUACUUCCUUUGCUUGCACAGAGAUAUGGCUGUUGACCAUGAUGUCUUACGAUCGCUAUGUAGCAAUCUGCUUUCCAUUGCACUAUGUGUUAAUCAUGAAGAAGAAAAAGUGUGACCUAAUGGUGGCUGGUUGCUGGCUUUCUGGAUUUUGUAAUUCUCUUUUUGUUACAAUUUUUGCCUCUCGCUUGUCCUUCUGCAGGUCCACAUACAUCAAGCAAAUAUUUUGUGACAUUAAAACAUUGACAAAGAUUUCUUGUGGUGACAUCCAUGAGUUCCAAACAAUGAUAUUGGUGGAGGCUUUUCUCAUGGGUCUAUGCCCUUUCUUGCUGAUUUUGAUGUCCUACAGUAAAAUUUUAGCAAAUAUUCUAGGCUUAAGUUCUAUUCAUCAAAGGAGAAAAACUUUUUCCACGUGUACCUCUCACCUUACCAUCCUUCUAAUGUUUUAUGGGACCCUACUCUGUAUGUACAUGAUACCACCAUCAGAAUACUCAGAGGAACUUGACCAGAUAUUUUCAGUCUUUUACCUAGCAGUGACACCUACACUGAACCCUUUGAUUUACAGUCUAAGGAAUAAAGAAGUUAAAAAUGCCAUACAUAAUAUUUUAUUCAGCAAUUUAUUUUACAAAGGCAUCAGUGUCUGCAAAGGUGCAUUGUAA